ACUUUGUUUCCUGGACUAUUGCUGGGAAGCAGAAACAUGGAGAAUUUGUUCACAUUUCUGUUGGAGGCAGCAAAUUUCUCCUUUUAAUCCUGAGUAUUAUUUACAGAUUAGAAACUCCAGUGCGAUACAAUAUUAUUUCUGCUAAUGAGAGAGAAAAAAUGGAUGCAUUCCAAGCACCUGAAAACGGUUCGCUGUUGUCCAGUUCCUCUGGUCCUGCCAGAUGGGAUCCCUUCCGUCGUCCCUUGGACUCCAUCCAGCCCUGGCACUUCAGGCUGCUGGCAGCAGUAAUGUUGGUGGUGACCUCCCUGUCACUUGCUGAGAACCUGGCUGUAAUCCUGGUAACUUUUAAGUUCAAGCAAUUGAGACAACCUGUCAAUUAUGUUAUAGUCAAUUUGUCUGUGGCUGAUUUCCUGGUCUCAUUGACUGGUGGCACCAUCAGCUUUCUAACCAAUCUAAAAGGUUAUUUUUAUAUGGGAUACUGGGCUUGUGUGCUGGAAGGAUUUGCUGUCACAUUUUUUGGCAUUGUUGCUCUCUGGUCUCUGGCUCUGUUGGCUUUUGAGCGGUACAUUGUGAUCUGCCGCCCAUUGGGAAAUAUGCGCUUGAGGGGAAAGCAUGCAGCUCUAGGCAUUGCCUUUGUGUGGACCUUUUCCUUCAUUUGGACCAUUCCACCAACAAUGGGUUGGAGCAGUUACACCACCAGUAAGAUUGGAACUACUUGUGAGCCUAACUGGUACUCAGGAGCAUAUACCGACCACACGUACAUUAUUGCAUUCUUCACCACCUGUUUUAUAGUGCCUUUAUCGGUGAUUUUGGUAUCCUAUGGAAAACUGAUGCAGAAGUUAAGAAAGGUGUCAGAUACACAAGGCAGGCUGGGAACUACCAGGAAACCUGAAAGACAAGUGACUAGAAUGGUGGUUGUUAUGAUCAUUGCCUUUCUAAUCUGCUGGACGCCGUACGCCACCUUUUCUGUCCUAGUCACUGCAUAUCCCUCCAUUGAGCUGGAUCCUCGUCUGGCAGCAAUUCCAGCUUUCUUUUCCAAAACAGCUACUGUUUAUAAUCCAAUUAUUUAUGUCUUUAUGAACAAACAGUUUAGGAAGUGUCUGAUUCAGAUGUUCAGCUGCAGUGCCAUAGAAACUGCAGAGCCCAACAUGAACCCCACUUCAGAGAGAGCAAUGCUAACCCAGGACAAAAGAGGCAGUGAGAUGUCCACCAUGGCAGUACGUAGCACCGUUUCUAAGAGGAAAACCGGAGAUGAACACAGAAAAUGCCACUCUUUUGCUCAGUUGGCAGCUUCAGAAAACAAAAUCUGUCCCGUGUAGGGUGGGAGAUGUGAU